AUGCAGCUGGACUACCUAGCCGAGCUGGGCAUUGUCUCGCUGCCGGGUCGCGAGGAAGUGGAACAUGCGCCGCGCGAGGACUUCGAUACGUGGCUCCGGGGCCGGCUUUGCGAUGGCGCCCUGGGGGAACGGUUUCCAGAGACUUGCCAACGCGUAGCAGAGGCUGCUUGCUCCUGGCGGAGUCGUUUUCCACCUCCUCUCUGGGGGCGGCUUGCGAGGGACAACUGCUCUACGCUCAUCAAGGAAGCUCGAGAGGCCGUGCCCACCAUUGCAUUCGUGCAAGACUGCCUGGCUGAGCUUGAUCCAGCUGAUGGGCCAAUCACGAUCGUGGAUUUGUGCUCUGGCCUCGGGUUUCUCGGCAUGUUCUUGGCGGAGCUGCUGCCAGCUGCACGAGUGCAUGGCUGUGUUCUUGUGGACCAAGCGUGGCCUCUCAAAGGUGGAGUCCCAGAGCCGCAACAGAGCAAGAAACAUCGCACCCGACUGAACUGGGAUCACAUUUACAAUCUUCCUUGGCCAGUUCCCCUUGUUACGCGCAGAUCUGAUCUGAAACUACCAUCCACCCAAGCGCAAAUUCUCUCCCGAAUCUUGGAGCCAGCGCCCGGGCCGGUGGUGGUGCUUGGCAUCCACCUGUGUGGUAUCCUAGCCAUCCGAGCGGUGGAAACCUUCAACAUCGGGCCCAAGUGUGUCGCCUUUGCGUUGAAGCCUUGCUGUCUUCCACCGCUACAGUAUGCGAAGAGCCAAACCCGCUGGACUCUUGGCACCCACACCUUUGCAGCUGCUGAGGUCUGCGCAAGAGGGAAGUACAACAAGAAUGUGUGGAACGGGCCGGCCAAGGCCACAUUGGCACCUCGCUUUCGCAUGUGGUCGAGCAAUCUUUUUCGUGGUCUGUUGGCAGAGCGCAAGGAGUGCUUGCACGUCGAGCUUGUGGAGGGGCAUUACCAGGAUACCUACCUCUUCGGCCGUCGGCAGUUCUCGUCAAAGAGCCCCAAGCUGCCAGAGGAGCUUUCUGCAGAGGCCUCACCACAACAAAUCGCGCGGCGGAUCUUGGAAGCCAGCGAGGCUCACGAGGUGCUUGGUGUCCCUACAGAUGUUUCCAUUCGUCAGUUGCGACGCCGUUGGACCGCGCUGGCGCACGCGCUUGGGAACGAGAGUUCAGAGUGCAUUGCAGCAUUUCAGAAAAUCAAGGAUGCGUUCGACGAGAUACGAACCGCGCGUAGAAGUUCAGACGACGGAGAGGACAAAAGCACUGUGACGAUCUUGACGUUGCCGCACCCAGACUCAGCAUGUGGCGCCUUCUGCGAGCCCCCACAGGCAGGCUUCGGUAUCAGCAAACGCACGUGGAGAUCUGCCGAUGUCAUCUCGGAAACGUUUGCGAGUGGUAUGUGCAUCGCUGAUGACGCGACCAGCAAAGGCGAGCGUCUGGCAGUCGAGUUCGAUGCAGCGAUAUUGGAUCUGGUCGCGCCGGUUUCCAAGACUCAAGCCGAGUCUGUGGUCGAGUUUGAGCUGCCUUCGCUGUUCGAUCAGAGGCCACACGAAGAUGCGACGGUGGAGGCCUGGCUGCAAAAGUAUUUAGAUUCGGGUGGCAGAGAUGGAGAGAUCAUCUUGGAGGCGAAAUGCUGCGCAAAGUUCCAGCUCGCAAUCGAAGAGCAACCCGAGGUCUGUCCAGUUUUCCGGCAUCUGAUGUCGCAGUUCGAGGUGGCCUUGGUGGCCUGGCUGGAGGAAUGGCCUCCGGCCGAACCCCGCAGAGAGGGGCUCUGCUUCUCGAGCGGCGAGAUCUCUCCAGAGCUCCUGGAGCUUCAGCUUCAUAGUGUUUUGGCCUUGCUUGGUGAAGGUGGCUUACUUGCUGCGCUGUCUGAGCACCAGGCUGUAGUGGACAGUUUCCGAAGUGUUGCAAGAGCGUGGAUUUUCAAGCUCCACUCUCUGUACGGCCUGGAAAUCCUGAGUCAGCAUGAGCGAGUGACCGCGAAAAGCGCCAGUCAUCUCUCAAUGCUGUCCUGGGAUCUCUUUCAAGUGGAGGAGCUGCUGCAGAGUCCCUUUUUCCGCCCCCAAGAGAUGAGCCUGUGGCGCUUUGCCAAGCGCUGGUGCGUGGAAGGCGCAGGCGCACCAGCAUUCACGGAAGAGUCGGAAGACGCAGAAGGCAAGGUGGAGGUGCUUCCGUCACCCAACAAGGACGAGAUCGAUGGGGCAUUUUCCAAGGUCUUGCUUUGGGAUUUACUCCCACCCAACGAAGAGCUGGUCGUGCAGUUUGCCGCCACACAAGCUGCGGCACCGGCAGUCGAGGGCGAGCAGACGCCUGAGAACUCGCAGCACGGGGCUAGCAAAGGCCCGACAGAGCUCUCGACAGGCGACCCAGAGGUAGAGGAAUUCCAGGAGCCGGUCGAGAAGUCAAAGGCUUCUCGACCCCGUCGAGUAGACGGUUCCACCUUUGUCCGUGCUGAGCGACGUGCAGACUGCGCUCUGAAAGCCUUCGAGGACGCCGACGCUCUGCAUCUGAGUUGUGCCGAUGACUCGACGAGCCUGCACUGUUGGAAUUCAGCGCAAGAGCUGCAGGUUUUGGGAGGUUCGAGACAAGUUCUGGUCUCCACUGUGCCCAUGACCUCGGGAGGCGGUGGCCGUUUUCGCUUUGACUUCCGCUUGAACUCUGGGAGUGGUGCAGACGCAGCCCCUUUGUUUGAGUACAUGCGACGAAGCAGCCCGCAGUGGGAUCUUGCCGCCAUGGCAGCCGAAGGCGCUCCACGGUGGCGAGACAGAGGCUCGGGCCCUCGAGCUCCUCCAGCUCCUCGCUUACCUUGGCGUGGGCGCACCCGAGACGCUGCAGAACACCAUGGGACGCACAGCCAUGACCCUUGGGACCCAUGGAGCAUUGCAGCUGGUCGUGAUCCGUGGAGCAGUGGGGACUUAGAUCCUUGGAAUGGCUGGGCAACCCUCGACAGCGAAAACCCAUGGGAAGACUCCUGGGAUGGGUUUGCGGUUCAUAGUUCUGAUACACGGCCAUUCUUCUUCGCACCGUUGAGCGAGCCGUUGAACGUCCCGCCCCCAUCAGUACCAGUCCAUUCGCGCGAACCAGGCCACAUUGGCCCUUGGCGAGCGACGUCAUCAGGCAGCCAGCCAGGCACUGGCGUCAAUGUCCGCAACCUGCCGCGACAUGAUGUUCCGAUGCCUGCCCCGAGAAUUGCCUUCACCGAAGCGACCCGUCAGGAUAUGGGCCAGAGCUCAUUGGAGACGACAUGGAUGGGCUCUUUGCGUACAGAGGAGCCGGUCAUUUUGCCACCAAGAGCUCCACCGCCGUCGAUUCCUCCUCCUCGUCCACCGUACUUCGAGAUGUCGCAGGUUGUGUUUCAUCGCGGCGAUAGCUUUGGUCACGGCCGGGACCGGGACAGUUUCGGGUCCGGUCCUCCGCCUGGUGCUCCGAUGCCUGGCCCGGUUCCACCGAUUCCACCUGGACUUGUCUUUCCCGGAGGUGUUGGCCUCGGCGUUGGCGUCACUGUCUGGGACAUCGGAAGCGUUGCGUCCUUGAGCUCGACCCGAUCUUUGGCGAGGGGGGUGAUCGAAGCCCACACAGCACUUUACACCUUCAAGCAAAAGGAUGUGCGAGGGGAGGCUUGUGACUCUGCAUCCAAGAAGUGCUGUAUCUGCUUGGAGGAUUUCGUCGAGGGGCAGCAGCUCCGCAUCCUACCAUGCUUUCAUAGGUACCACCAGUGCUGCAUCGAUGAGUGGCUUUGUCGCAGCGACGAAUGUCCGUUGUGCAAAUUCCGUAUCACAGCGGACGACACAGCUUUGAUGGAUUCCAUUGAAGUCUCAUCUCACGGCUCGGCCACGCCACGAUCACCACCGCUCGCCACCAUCGAGAGCGGGAGCGAAGCAACCGAGGAAUCGGUACAGGGUAGAGAUCGCUUUUGGUCGCAUGCAGUGGGGGUGAAUGAUGCAAUUCACGACGACGACUUUCUCAAUGCUGGGGCCUGGCCGCCGCUUCGAGAUGAACGGCAGGCAGGCUCGCCUGCGCCGGCAUUUAUAGAGCGGACCUGGGAUCGCUUUGGUGGAAUCAACACCCAAGUCUCGAAUCUCAGUGCUGCCCUUCAAGCAGAAAUGCAUGAAGCACCUGGAGCUCAUCAGGUGCCAGAGCCGUUUCAAGAGGCGCCGGAGCCUGGGGAAGAGCCAGCGCCUUCCGGAGACCUCGCAAGCGUGCCGAGGGGUGAGGAGCCGCCAGAUCUGCGGCCGCGUGCAGAGCAGGUGGGAACGCAGGACUACAUCUUGGAAGUGUGGGAGCGGUAUCAAGAUGCCGAGGGCCGCCAUUGGUUCUUUUGCCCCCGCAACAACGAUUGGUUCUAUACUGACGAAGCCGAGACAUCAUGCUGGUAUCAGUUCUGUGACCCGAACACGCCUGAGACGUUGUGGUGGUGGAACUCGCUGACUAACCGUGCUUUCUUUGAGCCGUAA